CCAAGCCCUCAUUCAGCCCACCCUCAAUUAAUCUUCAUCUGACCCCUUACAUGAGACUGACCUUGCGAUACGUCUUCGUUGUGACAUGGCAAAUCCUGAAAGGAUAAUCGGUAUUCCUGUGGAUGCAAGUGACCACAGUGAAAAAGCUUGUGACUGGUAUUUAAAAAACAUGAAGCAAGCCAAUGAUGUUGUUGUUAUCAUCCAUGUGAGUGAAAUGACUCAUUCUGGCUCCAUUGAAACGAUUACAAAAGAAGACUGGGAACAACGUGUCAAAGAUCACACAGAGAAAGUGAAAGAAAUUGAAGAAAAAUACAACACAAAGUUGACUAAAGCAGAGGUUGGAUUUGAGGUUAAGCUCUGUGGUGGUAAACCUGGUGAGGCUAUUUGCUCCAUAAUUAAGGAACGUGGCAUUGAUCUUGUCAUCAUGGGAAGCCGUGGAAUGGGUGCCAUAAGACGCACCUUUGUAGGAAGUGUCAGUGAUUAUGUCCUUCAUCAUGCACAUGUACCUGUCAUCAUUUGCCCCAAGCAUUGAUGUUCAUUACUUCCUUGAUUUACUCAUUGCAUGCUUUAAGCAUCAAUUUUGAAAUAAAAUUGAGUGAUUUGCAAGCUUCCAUACUGUAACAGUAGGUAGUCAUGAUGAGUUCAAUUUUUCAAUGAGAUAUAUAGCAUAUUUUAAAAUAUUCUCUGAUUUUGGUAAGAGUGUCAUAGCAGAGAUCUUCAAUUUCUUUAAUAAAGAUAACAGUUC